AUGAAUGAACAAUGUUGUUGUAGUGAUCGUAAUGAAAUAUAUAAAAUAAUUGAAAAUUAUCGUUCGAUUCUUAAUCGACAACAACAAUUCAUAUCUAGUUGGAAAAUUUUUGAUAACAAUGGAAAAAUUAGUUUCAUACAUGGUAGUCAAUUUCGAAAACAUACAGAUGCACUUGUCAUUCGUUCAAAUUAUAUUUGUCUUAUUAAUCCCUGGUAUAAAUAUAUUGAUAUAAAAAAAAAUUUUCUAUCAAUUUUAAAACAAAAUCAACAUUAUAAAAUAUUUGAAAUUAUUUUACUUGAAUGCAAUUGUUCAACAAGUUUACAUAAAUAUGAAUUAGCAAUUAUUCAAUGUCCAUGUCUUGAACAAUUAAAAACUUAUUGUACAUAUUGCCAAUUAAUUUUAAUCAUGACAGAACAUUCAAAUAUUCUAUCAUCUAAUCGAUUAAUAAAAAAUGUUAGCCAACAAACGAAUAUUUCGUUUUCAUUAGAUUUUUUUCAUGAUAAAAUUAAUAUUCGUGAUCAUUUUUGCAGUCGAUUAGGACCAUAUCAAUAUCAACGUACAGUUCAAAUUCAAAUUGAAUCAGAACAAGUUCUUCGUGCUAUUACUGAAUAUGAAAUAAAUAUGUUAACAAAGAAGACAUCAAUAAAUGUUUUACAAUCACCACUUGUAUCAAGAGCAUUUGACGAAGAUGCUGAUAGUUCUCGAACAGAAACCAAGUCAAUCAUUCUUGUACAAGAUGAUAAUAUUAAACAAAAUUCAUUGCAAUCAAAUAUAGAAGAUCAUUCACCAAUUAGUUCAAUAUCUCUGCCUUUUCUUUCACAACCAAAUUUUUUAAAAAGUAUUUCAAGAAAAUUUUAUUCAAACAUUUCAUUAUCAUCACAAUAUGCAAUCGAACUAAAUAAAGAUUUGUUCUUAGAAAAAUAUGUAAAUCGAGGAACACAAACUAAAUUGUUUGCUAUUCUAUUACCAAAAAGUCCAUUAAAUAUAAUGAAACAAGCUAAAAUUGAAGACCGAACAUUAACAAAUGUAACACGAACUUGUCAAGUAAAUACACUUUCAUAUUUAAUUAAAACAAAUGAAAGUCACACAGACAUACAACAUUCAUUAGAAAAUAUUUCGAAUGUCAAACAAAUAAUUCUUGACAAUAAAAUUCAAUUAAAUAAAGAAUUAUUAUCGAAAGAAAAAACUUCAUCGACACAGUCUAUCCAUCAAAUUUCAAUUGAUCAUAAAUAUCAUGAAAAAAUACUCGAUAUACCUACUAUUGAAUUCGAUGGAGGUGAAUUACAUGAUGAUUUUAAAGAAGACAAACUUAAUUCUACGUCAAUAAAUGAAAAGAUUCAUUCGAAUGAAGAACAACCCGAAGAAUUUAUCUUAAUAUCAUCACCUCUCAAAUGUAUCAACACUUGUGAUGUUGUCGAUUUAGAUGAAUCUAUUACUCCAGCGGCUUCCCUCUUUAACGAUGGCACUAGCUUAACAUCGGCAUCAUCUGAUCAAAAAGAUGAACAACAUUGUCGACCUCUGUGUACCCCCAACCUUGAACAUACUAAUACACAACUUAAGAUCCAUAAAAAAUCCUUCAAUAAUUCCAACAUUCAUAUUAUCAAAUAUUCUACCAAUGAUAAUAAUAAUAAUAACAAUGAACAAUUAACAUACAACCAAAGAAAUCAUUCGUUAGCAUUCAUUGACUAUUUACCAUCAUAUACUUAUCAAACAUCAAAAUUAUUUCAUUUUAAAAUAAAUCUCUAUCGAACAUUAUAUCGAACAAGGCGACAAUAUCAAAAUAAAAAACGUAUCUAUAAUUUUCUUCAACGUCUAUAUCAUCGAAAAAAAACAAAAAUUUCUCAGUUAAACCUAUCUGAACAUCAUGCUUCAUCGCAUUUAUCAUCAUCAUCAUCAUCAUCAUCACUCAUGACGACAACUGAUGAUUACAAACAACUUGAUAAUUAUUUAUUGACUAGUCAAAGUAAUACAAUUAAAUAUGACACAUCAUGUCAUCGACAACAACAAUCGAUUAUUAAUUUGCAUCUAAAUAGAUCUGAUGUUACUUGUCAAUAUAAAGCAUACGAUCAUAUAAUAAUAGCUAGAGCAUCAAAAAACUCUACAGCAUGUAAAAAAUUACAAACAUUAUUGAACAAUCAUGAUACUUUUUUAGAACAACUUAUUGAUUCACAACUAAUAUUAACAUGUAAUAAUGAUUAUAGAUCAAUUUGUAUUCUUAUUGAUGAUCAUAAACAAUCAGAACAAUAUCGAUCAUCAUUUCUUCAUUAUAUUUAUACAACUUUAUCAAAUACUCUUAAAAAGAUUUUUGAAUAUGAUUCAAUACAAUUAACAUGUAUGAAUUUAGCUUUUUUUAAUAAUUCUCUUUGUGAUAUUAUUAAUAUGCAACGACUACGUUUGAUUGAUACAGCAAUGAAUCGUCUUAGUACAAAAAUGUUAUUUGCUCAUCAAAUAUUUAUUAUCAAUUUUUAUAGUGAACGAUCAUCUUUAUCUGGUUCAUUUCUCUUUUUACAAUUAGCACCUAUCUGUUCUAUACAAUCAAAAGGUUUAUUAACUAAUUUAAAUUCAACAACUUAUUCCGUAUUGAAUUUAAUAAGACAAUUAAGUAAUGGUCAAUUAUUCAAUCAUAAUAGAGCAAAACGAUAUCUUUUAAAUGAUUAUUCAUUAAAUCGUCUUUUGAAAAAUUAUCUUUUUUCUCCACAACAAACAAUGACUGUUUUUACAAUCAAAUCUAACGGAUAA